AUAGCAGCACCAAACCGAAGCUGCCACACCUCACGGGUUCCUCGACUGCAUCAUGAACUACGAAUCGUGGCAGCGGCAUUGGCACGGAAGCAUCGGCCCUAUACGACCAGCUUAGGACUAGUGCUCAGAAGCUUCAUAUUGAGUAUUCUUCCCCUAGCAGUUUCCGUACGGCUCUGAAGUUCCUGCAGGAUUGAGCACACAAUGCAAGUUUCACAACCGAGUUCCCGCAAGGCUCAGAUGCUCUUUCUAGUUCCUUUGGAACACCGGGCAAGAAAUCGAAGAGACAUAUUUCUGCAAGUAUAAAAUCCAUCCAUGAGCAUGCCUUUUCGUCAGCAAUCGACUCUCGCCUACCUCAGUAACUUGAAGCAAAUUCCUUUCGCAUCCACAUACAUUCUUGAGUACCACAAGCAUGUGCAAACGCCGCCACGUCAGACGCAUCUACCAACGGUGAGACCUUUCCAUUUCACAUAUCCCAACCACUCACCAUUCUUCACGACUCUUAGUUGCGGCCACGCCGUGAAUGAUCCUGAAACCACGGCUGUAUGUGAGGCCACGAAUUGCAUCUUCAGUGUGAACCAUCCCGCAAACUGUCCGGAUUGCAAGAAGACGUGCUGGCAAUACCAUCAAUAUCCUGAGCAGUACACCGUUCAUCCUAACGACUUCUGCCCCGCCUGCAGGCAGCAGCAGUAAGAUCGAGGUAUCCCGACGUGUUGAUGGUUUAUCCCUAU